UGUUGUGUUUUACUUCGUUACCAUAUGGUAAUAUGUUAUAAGACAUGGUUUGAUGUAAUUACCAUAUGGUAAAAUGAGAUAAAUAUAUGGUUUGAUUUGGUAUGGUAGGAAACCAUUAUGGUACCAUAUGGUAUAUUAUGGUAAAAAGCAUACUAACAGACUAUUACUAAUUUCUACAUUCAGGUACACUAUGGUAAAACCAAGACACAGUUUUCGCACAAGGUGCAGCCCAACAAGAAUAUCUGCAAUUGCAAGGUCAAUAACAGAUGAGCGGAAAGAGCAACUUGAGAUAUUAGGCCUAGCAGGCUUAAUAUCAAUCAAGCAUACAAAGAUAAACAACCAUUUUGCACUGUUCGUAAUGAACAAAUACAAUCCAAAGAAAGAAUCGUUCAAGUUACCUGACGGGACACGCAUCAAGAUAUUACCAAUCGACUUUCAUAGAGUAUAUGGUCUGCCGAUGGGGAAUAGGGAAGUUGUACCUCCCACGAUUUCUUGGGAUGACGCAGCAGAUUAUGCAAUAGAAACCCUACUCGAAGUAGAUGGAACAUCCACUCCAAGGGUAAAGCUAAGUCAGGUAGAAAAAGAUCUUCCUACAACCACACAGAGUAAGAGAUGGAUGCAAUUGUUCUUUCUGCUGGUCACCGGAGGCUUGCUGUGUCCAACUUCAGCACCUAUGGCUGAACUCAACAUGCUUGAGUACUUGAAGACUGAAGAACUGAAACAUUUCACCAGCUACAACUGGUGCAAAUACUUCUUCAAACACAUGAAUGAAGGAUUGAAAUCACCAAACCUCUAUGUCAGUGCAGAUCUUCACUUCCUUACAGUAUGCUUCAUGUACAAACUGGACGAAAUGGCAUUCUCAACCCAGCUUCGAACACCAACAGUAAGCUACUAUGAUGAUAACAAUGUUGAUAGCAAAUUUGAGAACAUUAAGAGCUACUACAAUGGAAAAGAGUUGAACGAGAUCGAAAAGCUUGCCAACAUUAGUGACGAUGAGGCUGAUGAUGCAGCUGAUGAGGAAGAGGAGAAUGAGCCAGUCUAUGAAUCACCGAAAAGACAAAGAAACAAAAGUCCAGACCAGUCAUCAUCACUGAACUUUGAUUUGAAGAAUAUUAGAACAGUCAACCAAGCUGAGAAUGCAAUCAAACUGCUUGAAGCAUCAAUGAAGGCAAUGAUGAAAGCAAUCAAAGACCAGUACAAAAGCCAAAUUGACAAUCUGAUCAGACACAAGGAGAAUCUUGCGAAAGAAAGCUGUGAUGAAAAUGUUCAACCAACAGAAGGAGAAAAAUUUCAGUGUGAAGAUGAUGAAGAAGAGAAUGAUGAAGAAAUGAAUGCCAGUUUGAAUAAAACACUCAAUGAAAUAUUCAAACAGACAAACAUAGACCAGAACGAAGAGGAGAACGAGGAGCAAACACAUAAAGAAGAUGAUUCACAACCAUCUACAGUCGAUCUUGCUGCAUCUACACCGAAGCCAAAAGAAAAGGAGCAAGAUGAUUCUGCUCCAGGAGCUGUGAAUAGGGAAAGCAUCCCAAAAGAAGGAGGUCCACUGGGGGAAGUUGCAACAGAACCACCAGAACAAUCUGUUCAAGAAGGUCUGAAUCAGGGAACACCACAACAAGAGGACACCCCGAAAGCAGUUCCAGAACAGAUAUCUUCAAAAGAAACAGGAGAAAAAGGAGCUACCAAAAUAGCAGAUCCAAUGGAAGUUGAUAAGGAAACAACAGAAGAAGGGAAUACAGGGCAAGCUGCGCAAAAGACUGCAGAAACUGACAGCGAGAAAACGGUGUCAGAUGAUGUUGUUCGAGAAGAGGCUCCAAAACUGACAACCGAAGCUGCUGAGAAGCCUAAAGUGACAAGGGAAGACGACAUUCCAUCCUUUGAUCUCAGCCCUCUCAACCGUCAAACACCAACAAGACCAACGAAGUUGACUACCAACACGGCAACCGAUCAACCAGGAGAGCCUCGCAAAAGAAGAAUCGUGGUGAAGAAUGUGCACGGAAAUGAAAAGAAGGCAAGAGCAACACCACCACCAGCACAGCCACAAAACACCCAGUCACAGACGGAGUCAUAUGCUAUAUGGUCAAAUCUGUACACAAACAGCCAAGAGAAGCUCAAGGAAGUCUGUGAAUGCAUAGAUGCUUACCUAGAGGACCUGAAUUCUCCAACUGUCGAACCAGUUGCUCCACAAUCACAAAAAUCACCAGUUGAAUGGUCAACACCAACACAAACAACACCUGAUGAUAUGUUCAACAACAUCCUGGAGUACAUAAGAUGCAAAAACAAGAAAUUUUUCAAGAGUGAUGAGAUAAUGUUUAAAAUGAAGGAUGGAACAUUCUUGCUGAAAAGGGAGUCAGUACAGUUGAUUGAAAUUGGCUGUGAAAUCACAUCUGAUGUCAUCGACUGGUAUGGAGAUGUAAUGAACAGGAAUGAAGCAAAAAAAGGAAAAUUCAAAAGGUGGUUCUUCGAUACAUCUUUGGCAGGUGACUGCCAACUGGACAUUGAUAGUGGCAAUACUGUACUAUCUCCAGACGAUUACUACGACAAAGUGGACUUGGACAUCACCAACAAAGAAUGGGCAAAAAACCUCAGCUUCACAGAAUGUAACCUUUGGUUCUUCCCUUACUGUAAUAACAAGCACUACAUCAUGAUUUGUGUCAACAUCAAAGCAGAGAGAUUUGAAGUACUCGACAGUCUCCGUCACAAAGAUUUUGAAGAAACCUACAAACCAAUGGCAAAGAGGGUUGUCCAGUACGCAAUCAACUACAUGAAGACACAGUUUGCAGAGAAGACAGUAAGGUGGGAAAGGUUUACCUGGUUCAACCUCGAGAAGGUUACACAACCAGAUCAAAUUUCAUGUGGGAUGUACAUCAUCAGGUGGAUGAGACACUGGGAAGGUAAGUACAACAGUGCCCUGACCAAAGAUUGGAAGAGGAUUGAUCUCAUAAAUGAAGAAAGGGAGUGCCUGAUGUUGGACAUCAUUCUUGAUGAAGAAAAUCUUGAACGGGAAAGGAUCAUGAAAGAAGCAAUAAAGUACUGCAACAUGAAGAACAAGAAGAAAGAGUUGAAAGGAAGGAGAUGAAAAUUCUAUUAUCGUUUGUGUUAAGUAGUAGGAGGGUAUAAGUAAGCUUUUGAGAACAAACUCACAAUGUUCAGUAGCCACUUCAUUUUAAUUAGUAGGAUGGUAUGAAACAACUUAUUAUGGUUUGUAUUAUGACUAAAUGAAAUGUUCUGUUUUUU